AUGUCUUUGUACCGUUCGCCAUCCGCUGCUCUUCUGAAGAGCCCGUCGCAAGCCGCGUUCGGCUCACCAUUCGGCAGCAUGUCCGUCGCCGAUCUUGGAUCGCUCACCCGUCUUGAGGACAAGAUCCGUCUUCUCCAAGAGGAUUUGGAGUCCGAGCGUGAGCUCCGCAACAGAAUCGAACGUGAGCGCGCCGAUCUCUCCGUCCAACUCAUUGCUUUGACUGACCGACUCGAGGAUGCCGAGGGAACCACCGACAGUCAAAUCGAAUCGAACCGCAAGCGCGAGGGAGAGCUUCUCAAGCUUCGCAAGCUCCUCGAGGAGUCCCAAUUGGAGUCCGAGGAUGCGAUGAACGUGCUCCGCAAGAAGCACCAGGACGCUUGCCUUGACUACCAAGACCAAAUCGAGCAGCUUCAGAAGAAGAACGCCAAAAUCGACCGCGAACGCCAACGUGUCCAACACGAGGUCAUCGAGUUGACCGCCACCAUCGACCAACUCCAGAAGGACAAGCACACCGCCGAGAAGGCCGCCGAACGUUUCGAGGCUCAGGCCAACGAGCUCGCCAACAAGGUCGAGGACUUGGGCAAGCACGUCAACGAUCUCGCCCAGCAACGUCAACGCCUUCAGGCCGAGAACAACGAUCUCCUUAAGGAGGUCCACGACCAGAAGGUCCAACUCGACAACCUUCAACACGUCAAGUACACCCUCGCCCAACAACUCGAGGAGGCUAGACGCCGUCUUGAGGAUGCCGAGCGCGAGCGCUCCCAACUCCAAUCGCAACUCCACCAAGUCCAACUUGAGCUCGACUCGGUCCGCACCGCCCUUGAUGAGGAGUCGGUUGCCCGUUCCGACGCUGAGCACAAGCUCAACUUGGCCAACACGGAGAUCACCCAAUGGAAGAGCAAGUUCGACGCCGAGGUCGCUCUUCACCACGAGGAAGUCGAGGAUCUCCGCAAGAAGAUGCUCCAGAAGCAAGCCGAGUACGAGGAGCAAAUCGAGAUCAUGCUUCAGAAGAUCUCUCAACUCGAGAAGGCCAAGUCUCGUCUUCAAUCCGAGGUCGAGGUGCUUAUCGUCGACCUUGAGAAGGCUCAGAACACCAUCGCCAUCUUGGAGCGUGCCAAGGAGCAACUCGAGAGACAAGUCGGAGAGCUCAAGGUCCGCAUCGACGAGCUCAACGUGGAAUUGGAGGCUGCUCAACGCGAGCUCCGUGCCGCCAACGCCGAGCUCCAGAAGAUGAAGCACUUGUACGAGAAGGCUGUCGAGCAGAAGGAGGCUCUUGCUCGCGAGAACAAGAAGCUCCACGACGAGCUUCACGAAGCCAAGGAGGCUCUCGCCGACGCCAACCGCAAACUUCACGAGCUCGACCUCGAGAACGCCCGUCUCGCCGGAGAGAUCCGUGAGCUCCAGACCGCUCUUAAGGAGGCCGACGCUCAACGCCGUGACGCCGAAAACCGCGCUCAACGCGCCCUCGCCGAGCUCCAAGCUCUCCGCAUCGAGAUGGAACGCCGUCUCCAGGAGAAGGAGGAGGAGAUGGAGGCUCUCCGCAAGAAUCUCCAAUUCGAGAUCGACAGACUCAUCGCCGCUUUGGCUGAUGCCGAGGCCCGCAUGAAGGCCGAGAUCUCGAGACUGAAGAAGAAGUACCAAGCCGAGAUUGCCGAGCUUGAGAUGACCGUUGACAACCUCAACAGAGCCAACAUCGAAGCCCAGAAGACCAUCAAGAAGCAAUCGGAGCAACUCAAGGUUCUCCAAGCCGCUUUGGAGGACACUCAACGUCAGUUGCAACAAGUUUUGGACCAAUACGCCCUUGCCCAACGCAAGGUCGCCGCUCUCUCCGCCGAACUCGAGGAGUGCAAGACCGCCCUCGACAACGCCGUCCGCGCCCGCAAGCAAGCCGAGGUUGACUUGGAGGAGGCCAACGGAAGAAUCUCCGAUCUUAUCUCCAUCAACAACAACCUCACCUCGAUCAAGAACAAGCUCGAGACCGAACUCUCCACCGCUCAAGCCGAUUUGGACGAGGUCACCAAGGAACUUCACGCCGCUGAUGAGCGCGCCAACCGCGCCCUCGCCGACGCCGCCCGCGCUGUUGAGCAACUUCACGAGGAGCAAGAGCACUCGAUGAAGAUCGACGCCUUGAGAAAGUCCCUUGAGGAGCAAGUCAAGCAACUCCAAGUCCAAAUCCAGGAAGCCGAGGCCGCCGCCCUUCUCGGAGGAAAGCGAGUCAUCGCCAAGUUGGAGACCAGAAUUCGCGAUUUGGAGACCGCUUUGGACGAGGAGACCAGAAGACACAAGGAGACCCAGAACGCUUUGAGAAAGAAGGAUCGCCGCAUCAAGGAGGUCCAACAGCUCGUCGACGAGGAGCACAAGAACUUCGUCAUGGCUCAAGACACCGCCGACCGUCUCACCGAGAAGCUCAACAUCCAGAAGAGACAACUUGCCGAGGCCGAGUCGGUGACAAUGCAAAACUUGCAGAGAGUCCGCAGAUACCAACACGAGCUCGAGGAUGCCGAGGGUCGUGCCGAUCAAGCCGAGAGCUCCCUUCACCUUAUCCGUGCCAAGCAUCGCUCAUCGGUUGUCACCGGAAAGUCCUCCUCCAAGGUGAGUCCUUUUCACUAG